GAAGCUCUGCAUACGCUUCAUUUUUUCCCAUUCAAGACUCCUCCUUUUUACCCCCAAAUUUUUUCUCUCCAUCGCCGUCGUCGAUUCUCCGCUGCCGCCGCCGCCGCCGCAGCUGGUGUUGCUUUAGCUCUGUCUCUCCGGAGCUGCUCGUUCCUCGCUUCGGCGGAACUGAAGGUCCUGCCGCGCUCGCAGCUGAGUUCGUUCGCGUUGCGUUAAGCGGUUCGAGAAGGUUUUGGUGUUCUAGUUGGAGAGAAGAAAUGCUAUUGCAGAAGAUAUAGAAUAUUUUCGAAGUUCUUUCAGUUGCAUCUACUUUGUAUAGAAACCGAGAAGAAAAGAAAAUGUUGGAGGGUCCAAAAUUUACUGGAAUGAUAGGCCUUAACAACAAUCAUGACAACUAUGAUUUCUAUCGCAAGCUUGAUGAGGGUUCGAAUAUGUCAGUUGAUAGUUAUGGGAGCUUGCAGAUGAGCAAUGGCGGGGGCUCUGUUGCCAUGUCGAUGGACAGCAGUGUUGGAUCUAAUGGUUCGCAUACUCGCAUCUUGGAUCACCAAGGCCUCAAGCGCGUCAAGAAUUAUUCUGUUGCUGCUAGUGUGAAUCAUGGGAAGGCUUCUCAUGGGCUAAGCGAUGAUGCCCUAGCUCAAGCUUUGAUGGAUCCUCGAUAUCCGACCGAGGGCCUUGGGAAUUACGACGAGUGGACGAUUGAUCUGAGGAAGCUGAACAUGGGGCCUGCAUUUGCUCAAGGGGCUUUUGGGAAACUCUAUAGAGGCACAUACAACGGUGAAGAUGUUGCAAUUAAGCUUCUAGAAAAGCCAGAAAAUGAUGCGGAAAGAGCGCAGUUGAUGGAGCAGCAAUUUCAACAGGAGGUGAUGAUGCUGGCAAGAUUGAAGCAUCCAAAUAUUGUUCGAUUCAUUGGCGCCUGCCGCAAGCCUAUGGUCUGGUGUAUUGUCACUGAAUAUGCUAAGGGAGGUUCGGUGCGUCAAUUCUUGACAAAGCGGCAGAACCGUGCUGUUCCCUUAAAGCUGGCAGUAAAACAGGCUUUGGAUGUUGCUAGAGGGAUGGAAUAUGUUCAUGGCUUAAAUUUGAUUCACAGAGACUUGAAAUCGGACAAUCUCCUGAUUGCGGCCGACAAAUCCAUAAAAAUUGCUGAUUUUGGGGUAGCUCGCAUUGAAGUGCAGACAGAAGGCAUGACGCCAGAGACUGGCACAUACCGUUGGAUGGCCCCGGAGAUGAUCCAGCACCGACCCUACACCCAAAAAGUCGACGUCUACAGCUUCGGGAUCGUGCUGUGGGAGCUGAUCACGGGAAUGCUCCCGUUCCAGAACAUGACUGCCGUUCAGGCCGCGUUUGCGGUGGUCAACAAAGGCGUCCGCCCGACUAUUCCUAACGACUGCCUUCCCGCCCUCAGCCAGAUCAUGACGCUCUGCUGGGACGGCAAUCCCGACGUCAGACCGGCCUUCGGCGAUGUCGUUAGAAUGCUCGAAGCUGCCGAGACUGAGAUCAUGACCACCGUCAGAAAGGCUCGUUUCCGAUGCUGCAUUAGCCAGCCGAUGACGACUGACUGAGGAGAAGAACUGCGGCUCGAUUUUCGGGUUUGGCUCGACUCGACGCGGAAGGGAUCGGAUGGAUUGUGUAUGUAUCACCCAGGCUUGAUGUUGUUGAGAAAAUUUGGAGAGGGAAGGUUGUUUGUUGUUGCUAUGAUGGUAAGAAGUUCAUAACUUAACUGAAUGUUUAUUUUUAUUUUUAUUUUUAUAUUUUUUACUCCUUUGUUUUUAUGUUUUGUGUACUGCUUUUGGUUUUUUGUUUUGUGUCUAUGGAUUUGAGAUAUAUAUAUAUAUAUAUAUACUCGAUUAGUGGUAAUAUAGAAGAUUUUAUGUGUA